AUGGUGAAGGCGGAUCUCACUCGAGAUUACUAUGGUGAUCUCGAUCUGCCCCCGACCGCUGAGGUUCAUGAGAUCAAGAAGCAAUUCAAGAAGCUAGCUCUCACAUACCACCCUGACCGCAACCCGGGUAGGGAAAGUGAAGUCACGGCCAAGUUCCAGAAGAUCCAGUCCGCCCACGAAGUCCUCAUUGACCCCCAAGAGCGAGCCAGGUACGAUGCGAACAAGAUUCGGCCAUCGAGAUACGGAGGGCAGUCCUCAGGAGUAAGGGGAAACCCGUGGGCAAACGCUGCCUCCGCCUAUCCUCCUCCGCCCAGAGCCCCAACUGCCAAAGAGCGGCAGCGAGAUCCUCCGCCUUCGACGGGUGCGCGACGAUACGGGAAUUUCACGACUCCGCAACAGUCUGCAUAUGCCGCCUCUCAAGAAGGCCCCCAAGCAAGGAAGGAUACCUACACGGCGUGGGAGCAUCUGAGACACCAACAUGGCGCGUCGGACCCCAAGCCGGGACCGGGUAAGACGUGGAAGGCUCCUGAACCACCGCCACGAGGCACGCCGCAGUCGGGUCGAGAGGAGAGCAAUGCUAAGAGACAUGGUCCCCCGCCCAAAGCUGGACCCUCGUACCAAGAAUUCCGAGAAUUUCGAGAUAGAGAGGCCAACACUCCGAGGAGAAGUCAGAGCACGAGUGCAGGCAAUAAGAAGAAUGGGUUUAUGCCCAAUACACCUGGCGGAGGAGAUGAGCCACCAGCGCCCAUGGGGGCUUACUUUACGGACCGCAACAAACCUUCGGUUGCUCCUGAGCUGCCACCUCGAGAACCGCGCCCCCAACGACAAACCAGACCGGUCCCUGAUCCCUUAGCACAGUUCAAGGACAAGGCAAUGGCUGGUGAACCUCGCAUCAGUACCCCAUACUCUACUCAUGGCGGAGAGAAGUUCGAUCCCUUCGAGAGCACUAAUGUCAACAGAUCCAAGAGCACUCGAGAGCGUCCACAGCAAUUUGACGGCGACUUUAUGCCUAGGGCUGGUUCUGAUUCUAAUAUGAGUUCAGUCGAAAAGGCUCGGGCGUAUGCUCAGCGUCAUUCUCCCAAAGCUCCGAAGCCGGCAGAGCCUCCGAAUCACGAUGGUUCCAGUUCGGAGUCUAGCUCGGAUGGCUUUGUCAAGAUGAAUGCUCCUGCCAGCGGCACCACCCACAGAGCUCCCUCAUCGCAAGGCCCAUUCGAUGCUUCGACGCAACCGAAUACUAACAGCAAACAAAGCGAGCGCGCACGUCUUAGGCAGUGGAUGUUGAACAACCCUGGACAAGAACCCCCCCCUGACGGGCUUCCAGAUGGACCUGUUCCUCGGUCCUCUAGGCCUCAAACCCAACAGCAACCCCAGAAUAAUGGAGAUACAAUGUAUGCAAACUCAGAUUCUCUCAAUCCCGAUCGCCAGUCCUCCAAAGUUCCAAAUUUCUCUAUCAAGCUUCCGACAGUUUCGGAAUGUCUCGAAGAGCCUGCCGCGCGAGGCCCUCUGUCAUACAAGAAACCCACCAAGUACUUCAUGGAUGAUCAGCCUGCAGUCACCCCUGAUGCACAAACUCUGAAUGCUUUCGAGGGCCUCCAACGCAGCCUCGUCGACCAGCUGCUACAUAACAAGCGUACUAGCAGCUUGAAUGAAAAGUCCCGUCCCAGUCCUGGCUUUGCUGAGACACCAGUUCGCGGUACCAGCGGUCGGGACUGGACGAAGGACCGUCAUUACCAAAAUCAGACAGCCUGGCAAGAGUACAGAGACCCUUCUUCUCCGGGAAGCCCCUCGAAGAAGUUGAAACCUGCCAAGCACCUCCAUUCUGUGCACCCCUAUGAUUUUGCAAAGUCGCGAGAGUUUUGGGACGAACUUGAUAAGUUGAAGAAGAGUCAGGCUAAUUACCCUAACCGCACCUCUAGUUUUUCUUUCAACGUAAACGAUGAUAUGUUCAGCCAAGCCAGACAGCAAUCGAAUGGCUUCAGCAACAGCGCGGAUAACAUCAGCACCAAGUUCACUCCGGAGGACUGGGAUGGGAAGUUCGAGGCCGGAGCUGACUACUUCAAGCCGAAACCCGAACAACAAAAGACUCGUACGCAAUCUGCUUCUCGGCCACGGGGCAGAUCACCCGUCAAGGCUCGACCAAUCGAUCCCAAGUUCCCUCAGCCUGGUGAUUCGGACAACUCAACCGAAUCCCCCAGUGGGGCCAAGUUCUCGGCGGAUGAGUGGAAGGAGACGUUCAAGCCGCAGACGUUCAUGCCUCCUCCUCCUCGGAUGGCUUCAACACCUAGCAGAAAGCGAACUGGGCCGGCUCUCCGACCCACCAUGGGCGGGAAUGCAGCGGUUGUGAGCGAUGGAGACAGCUCUGAUGACAAGCCUCUCUUCGCUGGCCGCAAGAACAUGGCCUCCGGAGUUGGCAGCCCGGAACCCAUGGACGUUGAUACGCCACCAGCAAACAACCCGGUCCCUCAGUAUACGACUACUACUGGCCACGGUCACUUGAAGGUCAACAACGAAUCCAGCAAGCGAUCAGCCUCGACAUCGGCAUCCCAAUCGCGAAGCGGCACUGAAGACCUCAAUGUCGAGUUUGACGACUUACAUAUCCGAGACCUGAUGUCGAGCAUGGCCAUGCCAGCUGCGCCCCAGCCUCCUGAUCUCCCGGAAGUCUCAAGCCAGUUUGAACUUCCAAGCCGUAUAGCGUAUGACGAAUACGUCAAGCGCUUCGCAAAGUACAUGACCGAAUGGGAUCUCUUCAAUUCGAAGUUCCUGCUCCAUAUGGUGGCUCGUAAGAAUCAGAUCGACAAUUUGAAGGAGAGGAGAUGGACCGACGAGGCCGGUACGGAGAUUUACCGCAUUGGACUCAAGGAAGAUCAGGCAGUGCUGAAGCGCUGGACUGAGUUUCAACAGGGCCAUGAGACGGUUAUCAAGGCUUUCAUCGUUGUUCGCGAGCGUAUGAAGAACCGAGACGAGCACGAGGGUCCGAACUCGGCUGCGCAAAAGACGGAGCAGCGAGUGCGACCGAGGAAGAAGACGCAUUAG